AUGGAUGACAGCACCAGUUCAGAUUUGAUAGGGGAGUUCACAUGCGCCACUGCAAAGCUGUUGGAAGCGAGAGACCAAGCGGUGAGCAGCAGUCAUUCUCUAUUAUAAAGUUCUGCUUGUCCAUUGCCUGCUCUUUCUUUCCUUUCAGGUGCACUGUUCAGAUUAUGAUAGUGAUGGGUCACAUGACUUGAUAGGCAUUUUUGAAACUAACCUCUCCCAGCUACAGAAGGCAGGUGGCAGCUCUCCGGUGAGCUUUUACUUUUACCUUCUUUUAUUAACUAAUUGAACCUAUUUCUCAUUGCAAAGAAGAAUCAUAGAAACAAUAAAUUUAUUCUCACAGAGCUACAAUUCCCAGCACCCUUUACAGUUCCUAGGAAGCAAUAGAUGUUGUAUUUUAAGUCAUCGGUGUUCUUCAGCAACCCAAGCGAAAUGAUCCUAGGAUCCUAAGAUACCUAAUUUCUACUUCCUGGUUUACCGCGAGGGGGAAAGGAAGCCAGGUUUGCUAUCGCAGCGAACUGGUUGCUGCUUCUUAGAGUUUUUAGGCAGCUCGCAGGCAACGAGUGCCCCAGAGAAGGUCCUGGGGACAACCAGGACAUUGAGGGUUCCCGCAGAGGUCAAAAGUGAGCUCCCAACAGGUCUGCAUGGUUCCAUUUGGUGCCGGGCUGACCUGGUGGUCAAGCUGUGAUCACUUGCCAGUAUGCAUGGCUACCAUUAUUUUUUCUAAGUUGGGUCUUGUCCUGUGUAUCUUAAAAUGUGAACUAUGUGGUUUCAUUUCAUUAACUAGAAGAAGUUCCUUUGAUGUCUGUUCCUUUCUUUUUAGGUGGAAUUUGAGUGUAUUCACCCUGAGAAGAAGAGAAAGAAGAAGAGCUAUAAAAACUCUGGCAUUGUUCGAGUGAAGUCUUGCAAAGUAAGGAGUAUUUCAUACAGAAGAGUUUGCUAUUCUGUGAUUGUAGGGUAGAAGUUGUAACAGUUGUGUGCUGUUUUUUUUCAGAUUGAAAUGGAAUAUUCUUUCCUGGAUUACAUCAUGGGAGGCUGCCAAAUUAAUUUCACUGUGAGUUGGGUCACCUGUUCACAUGCCUUUUCUACCUAAGUUAAAACAUAACUCAAGCAUUUAUAUAUUCCCAUGAAAAAGCCAUUGCACUUAAACUGCACAAAAACCUGUUUACUAGAUCUGUCAGUGAAUAAGUCUGCUGUUGUAUAUCUGCCAGACUAAACAAAAUGAAUUCACUGAUCUUUCUAAUACAUAGUCUCCCUGGUUACAUUUUGGGGGAACCUAAUGUUUGACCUUUCUUCAGCUGCCUUGAGUUUUUUAGUGGUUAUUUCAGCAGCAUUCUUCACUGUUGUUAGGUAUGCUUGAAGUCAGCUUCCAUGAAUGUUGGGCUUUCUUUGGUUGCCUGUUUCCAGAAAGAAAUCUUAUCUUUGUGUUCUUUGUUAUUGUGUCAGGUGGGCAUAGAUUUCACCGGCUCCAAUGGAGAUCCAAAGUCACCAGAAUCUCUUCACUAUAUCAGUCCAAAUGGAGUAAAUGAAUACCUGACCGCCAUCUGGUGUGUGGGGAACGUGGUACAGGAUUAUGACACGUAUGUUAAAACUAUUUUUAGCUGCUCUAGCUGUGAGCAUUAGAAAUAAGUGAAAUUUAAUAGAGUUGAAGUGAUGUAUUUGACUAAGUAACUUCAGUCCCUUCAACCUUUAUGGAUUAUGCAUCUCCUGCAUCUCGUGUUAUUGCUGAGAACGGUAAUUCAGUGAGAGUUGCAGUAGAUUGUUCUUUGUUUUGUUGGUUCCUUCAUGAGAGUAAGUUCUCAGGGAACUGCCAUCAGCUCAGAGGCGAGAGAUGGAAGGGCAGUUGUGUUAUAGGGAGCCUCCAAAAAUCUUGGGAAGCAGUUCCUCUUCCGUCGAGGAGGAAAGCCCCACCUCCAGUGGAGAAGAUGUGCAGGGACCAGGGGAUGCUAGGGAGAGCCUCAACACCGCGCCUGAGCAAGCCGGAGAGGAGGGAAGUACGCCCCUGCUAUCGCCCAUUCUGCACAGUAGGCUUCGGCGCAGGGAGGGGCGGAAAAGGCUGGGGGUGACGCGACUUUGAUGCUGGGGGAGGUACAAAAACCGACCACUCCCAGAUUCUGCUAGCGAUUGAGCCAGACAUGAACUUACGAUGCUCUUCACUGUAAAUAGUUUGCACCAAGAAUAAAGCCUGGAAAAGACAGGUCGGAGUCUUGCCUGUUUACUCUCGAGCAACCACACCAGCAUCUGACAUAAGUGAUUGUUUUCCUUUUCUGCUUGCUCAUAAAAUGACACUACUGAGUUUUGAUACUUGAGAGCAGGUGCUGAAAAUGAUCACUGCUCAUGGGAUGAAUGUGCAUUUUUUCCUGACAUUUUAAACUGAAGGAGGAGUCAACUUGAUUACAACAUUGGCUCCUGGAAGCCUCGCUCCCCUGCACUCUUACUGCUUGCUUCACUUUUAGCAGUUUUGGUUUCUGAGGUAGUAUGCAGUUUCUGCCAGCUUGCAGCAGUGGUAACUAUGAAUUGUUUUUGUUCCGUUGAAGGUAACAUAUCUAUCUUUCCUCCUCCUCUACCCCCUACAUCUUUCAGUGACAAACUGUUCCCUGCCUUUGGGUUUGGAGCUCAAGUUCCUCCAGACUGGAAGGUGAGUUUCUUAGUUCAAGUGUUUCUUAAUUCAAAUGCAUUGGUAUUUGGCUACAUGACUAAGUGUGUCUCUCUCCCAGGUAUCCCAUGAAUUUGCAUUGAACUUUAACCCUACAAAUCCCUAUUGCCAAGGUAAGCAUUUAGUAAUCUUCAUGACCCAGUAAUCGAAUUUGACAAAGUGUGCAUCAGAGAGUAUGUUCCAUUAAAAAUAAAGAACAGGACCAGCAGGGCUUUUAGAGUUUUUGUCGGGAUAAAGUGCAUGACUAUUGGUAUAUCUUCUUUGCCACUCCACCUGUUCUGUAGCCACAGUCCUCUUGGCAGCCAGUGACCACCUCUGCAAGGCUCCAAGAAUUAUGCUAUGUGCUGCAGUCAGUACAUGUUUUACCAUCCUCUGAAAAUAACUGAUUUACACACCCUACUAAUGUGGUGAAAUGGGGGAAGGCAUGUCUGCUCAGCUUCAGUUAUUGUGCACACAUUAGAUUGCCAUUUCCAUUUUGUGACAGAGAAAGGAUAAAAGUUGAAUAACUGUGGAAAGAUUUACGGAGAACAGUGGGAAAUAAGCAGCAUACAUACAAACUAUUGCAAUAACAACUGAUGUUUCCAUUUUUCAGGAAUCCAGGGAAUUGUGGAUGCAUAUCGCCAGGCAUUGCCUCAGAUUCGUCUCUAUGGUCCAACAAAUUUCUCCCCAAUUAUAAAUCAUGUUGCCAGGUUUGCUGCUCAGGGAGCACAGCAAAAUACUGCUUCUGUGAGUCUGUUUGAUUUAAUAUUUUGGAUGUUUUUGUUUUUAAGUGAUGGAUUUGGGGGGGGGAGUCACAAGAGGCAUUUAUUUAAAGGUGUGCUAGUAUUCUUUCAUUACUUCACUGUUGUGAAGCCAUAGUCUACCAUGAAACUUCAGAUACUGAAUGGAUUUGUAAUCAGACUCUACCCUCUGAAUUCUGUGUUUUCUCGGCAAUUCAUUCCCAUGUGGUAGAGUUAGGACAUACUGUACUUCCAUUUGUCUGGUGAUUUCAAGUCAUGGGUCCAAGACACUUUACAUUUCUCCCACUGCUUUCCCCGGGAAAACCUGUUUACUGCUGAAUCAGAACAAAGUCAAUCCACAGAAAACCUGAGUGAUGUUUGUUCUGAUUCAGCAGUAAACAACGGGUUUUUUUUACUCUUUCAUGCUUUACGAAGUUGUGAGACACAGUGUGCAGAUCGUUCUUUAUAUUUGAGCAAACACAGAAGUAUAAAAACGUCAGCCCUUCAGUCCCUUCCUUAACUCUUGCCUAAGAUUUGAAGUCAACCUCUAUUGACUAAUCUAAUUUUCUUGCAGCAAUACUUUGUCUUGCUGAUAAUCACAGAUGGGGAGAUCACUGAUCUGGACCAAACCAGGCAAGCCAUUGUCAAUGCCUCCAAGCUGCCCAUGUCUAUCAUUAUCAUUGGAGUUGGGAGCGCUGAGUUCAAUGCCAUGGAAUUCCUUGAUGGAGACGAUGGUGUUCUAAAGUCCUUGUCAGGGGAACCAGCUGCACGAGAUAUUGUCCAGUUUGUGCCCUUCAGGAGGUUCCAGAAUGUAAGUUGAAGAACACCUAACUCUUCCAGAUAGUUAUACUUAGAAUCAUAGAGUUGGAAGAGACCACAAGGGCCAUCGAGUCCAACGCCCUGCCAAGCAGGAAACACCAUCAGAGCACUCCUGACAUAUGGUUGUCAAGCCUCUGCUUAAAGACCUCCAAAGAAGGAGACUCCACCACACUCCUUGGCAGCAAAUUCCACUGUUGAACAGCUCUUACUGUCAGGAAGUUCUUCCUAAUGUUUAGGUGGAAUCUUCUUUCUUGUAGUUUUGUACUUUGUCAGCAGGCAAUACUAUUUACUUCUUGAAAACUCUUUGGUUCACACAUAAUGCUACAAUGUAGGCAAAACAAGCCAAGUUUCAUAAUCCAACCACAACCACAAAUCAUAGUGAGACUGUUGGACACAGUUCACACGUAAUGCUAAACCAUGGUUUAGUAAACCAUACUCUGUAGUUUGACCCAGAAUUUCUUACAGCAUUGUUUGCACAAUUUAAAAAAAAAUUAAUAAUAAUGUCCAAAGCCAACUAUGAAAACCAUUCCUUUUCUUGUUCUUGUCGUCACUGAUGUUGUCUUGCUCUUUCUUCGUUACAGGCUCCUCGUGAGGCACUUAACCAGUCAGUGUUAGCUGAAGUUCCUAAGCAACUGGUAUCCUACUUCAAGAUGCUUGGCCUGAAUCCCAUGAAGUUGCCUUCAGAAAAACAACCAUAA